AUCUUUGAGCCACCAAAUGAGUUCAAUAAAAAAAAGAUUACAUUAACUGACACUCAAAAAUAUGAAUUGUGUCUUUAUGCUAACAAUAAUAAAAAGACCAGAUCUGAAUAUGUAGAAUGGGUAGAACAAAAAUGGGGAGUAAGGAUUGAUAAAAUAACAUUUCCUGAACUUGAAUUGGCACUUAAGGAGUUUGUUUUAAGCUAUCAACAUAGAGUUAUUCUUAGUGAUUCUAUUUUAAUUAAAAAGGCAAAAUUAUUAGCAAUAGGAUUAAGUAUUUCUGAAAAUACUUUAUUAUUUUCUUCUG